GCGCCAUAUUGUCUAUUGCGCUACCGGAGUAUGGCGUUGACUUUCGCAAACUCAGUUGAACCAUCCUUUGAUUCGCUUAAUUUUUCAUAUGGACUGAAUAGGCAACAAGAACGUAACAGAAAAAAGAAAUUAAGGAAAAAAGCCUCACUGAAGCGUCGUAGAGAACUGAAAAAUCAACCACAAUUGUUAAAUGGGGUCUUGGAUUAUCCUAACGGAGAGCAUGAACAUGUAGAAAGUGACCCUGAACUAGAAGAUGAAAUAAUUGAGUUCCAAUACAAAGGACCAUUUGAACGUUUUAAGUUGGCUGAUGAUGAGGCAGAUUCUGUUCCCUCUAAACCAAUAUCACAUACUGACGUCAAUUUAAAGGCUCGUACUGCUGCACUUCUUGCUGAAGAAGCUUCAGCAAAUGAAGCUAGACGGCGUUUUCCAAGUCAAGAUCCUGAAUCAAAUAAAGGUCUACAGUCCAAAGUUGGUUCUGCAGGAGGAUUAGAGUCAGGAACUAAUGGAGUUGAGAUAUUAAGCAAGAAAAAGUUGAAGCGUCUCAACCGUCCUAGCGUUGCUGCACUUAAACAAAUGGUAGCACGUCCUGAUGUCAUAGAAAUGUGGGAUGUCUGUGCUAAGGAUCCACUUUUACUGGCUUUCUUGAAAGCAUAUCGCAACACUGUACCAGUUCCCAAACAUUGGUGUGCAAAAAGAAAAUAUCUACAGGGUAAACGUGGUUUCGAGAAACCUCCUUUCCGCCUACCUGAUUUCAUUGCUCGCACUGGCAUAAUGGAGAUGCGACAAACAGUACAAGACAAAGAUUCCGACAAAACUUUGAAAACCAAAAUGCGUGAAAAAAUUCGUCCGAAAGUUGGAAAGGUGGAUAUCGAUUAUCACAAAUUGCAUGAUGCUUUCUUCAAAUAUCAAACCAAACCCAAAUUAUCAAUUCAUGGCGAUCUCUAUUAUGAAGGCAAAGAAUUCGAAGUAAAAUUAAAAGAAAAAAAGCCUGGUAAUAUGUCAGAUGAACUUCGAAAUGCUCUAGGUUUACCGUCCGGUUCUGGUGCUGAGCGAUAUCCUCCACCAUGGUUGAUUGCUAUGCAACGGUAUGGUCCACCACCUUCUUAUCCUAAUUUAAAGAUUCCCGGUCUAAAUGCUCCUAUUCCUGAUGGUUGUGCAUUUGGUUAUCACCCUGGAGGAUGGGGUAAGCCUCCUGUGGAUGAACUCGGACGUCCUGUUUAUGGAGAUGUGUUUGGAAAUGGAGGUAAUAUAGCCGGUGUUCCACCCCCACCACCUCCACCAACCACUUUUGAGGAUGCCGAUGAACAAAUCGCCCAUGGAAAUAUCAGUUAUUGGGGUGAGUUGGAAUCUGAUGAAGAGUCUGAAGGCGAAGAUGGUGAUCAAGAUAUGGACACAGACGAUGAGAGUGAUGAAGACCAAGCAGCAGCAUCCACAUCGGCUGAAAAUGAAGCCAAAAAGAUGCUUGUUACUUUGCCAGGCGCUGGAUCUAUUGCUCGACCAAUGGAUGUUGGUGGCUUGGUCACACCUGCUGGAGGAUUAAUAACACCUAGCGGUGUAUCCAGUGUCGGUGCUGGUUUGGAAACUCCACAAAGUAUGAUUGAACUGCGUAAGAAAACAAUCGAAGAAGCAAUGGAAGAUAGUACUGGUUUGGUUACACCAUCUACUCAAUUGUAUCGUAUACUUCCUGAAACUGAAACCAAUCUUCAACCUAAUGCACUUAUGGGUAGCACCAAGUUGUAUGAUGUGGCUGGUGUAACAGGUGCUCAGCGUGGAAUUGAAGCUGAAGAUCCUCGUGAACGUAUGCUACGUAAGCGUAUAUCAGGCACUGAAUCUCAACAAGAACAAAUUAGUGGAUUGAAAUCUGGUGGAGGCAGUGCCGUUGCCAGUAAUGCACCUGAGCCAACUGCUUCGUCCGCAUCGAAAAAAUAUAAAGAAUUCAAGUUUUAGUGUAGUAAUACAUAUAUACAUAUAUGUCCAUCUAUGGCUUGUUUUAAAGAGAAAGAAAGAAACAAUAGCUAUUCAUCCACAUUAUUAUUAUUUCAUACAGUAAAUAAACAAUAAAAAAAGUGAUCAUUAUUUUUCAGUUAAAAUGUAUUUGUAAAUAUAAUUAACAUUUAAAUAGUUUUCAAAUAAUU